AUGAGCGAUCGCAGCAGCGGCCAAGAUCCUGAUCACAAGCCGAAUCCCGCGAACAAGGGUGAAAAGAAGCAGCCCAAGCCGAAGUCGGUUGUGCAGGAGGCUUGGACCCGCUUGAAAGCCGCAGCCGUGAAGCUUACCGAAGCUGAUGGUUUGGAGCUGAAACUGGGAAACCAAUUCGUGGAUGCUCUGAUGGCCGAUUCGGACCAGGUGAUCCAGACCUUGAAGGCCAGUUAUGCUGCUUUGAAGGAGUGCAUCUCUGGUGACCUGAACGACGACGCCAAGCUCAAAGCGACGACAGAUCUGACGAGUGCUAUCAAUGCAUUCGAUAGCAAAAUGAGGUCUGUGAAAAAGGCCAUGCCAUCGGAGCAGAAUCCCAAGCCCAAGGCCAAAGGAAAGGCUGCAAAGAAGUAG